AUGUCGAUACAAUCCCUGUCCAAGAUCAGGAUACUGACCGGCCUGUUUCUGACCACAUUCUUCCUUUCCGCGCAGGCUGCUGUUCCGGCAUCGACAUAUGUUGGUCGAGGCACGUCACCAGAUCCUAAUGAUAAUAUCACCGUCUCCAUUAACGUACCAAACGACAACUCGGAUUCUCUCUUCUUCCACUUCUUAGCACCCGCGGAUCAAACAUGGGCAGCCUUUGGCCUAGGGGAACGAAUGGCGGGCACCCUGAUGUUUGUCACAUACGCCUCCCAGGAUGGAAAGAACGUGACGGUCAGCCCUCGCAUUGGUACCGGUCAUGUCAUGCCCACGCACACCAAUGACGUUCAGGUUGAUGUCCUCGGAGGCAGUGGUGUUAUCGACGGCACCUUCGUCGUCAACGCCAAAUGCAACAAGUGCCGCAGCUGGAAUGGUGGAAAGAUCAACAUUGACAGCACGAGCCAAGCCAUGAUUUGGGCUGCUGGUUCAUCAGGGACGCUCAACUCAGACGAUGUCAGUGCUCAAAUUUCCAAGCAUGAGGGUUAUAAUUUCUUUGAAAUCAACCUGAAGGCAGCCACUGGUGCUGGUGGUGUUCCCUUGGUGAGCUCGUCUUCGGAAACUAUCACCGAUGGUGCUCCCAUCGACGGGGAGCGCCGCUUCCGUAGUGCCACCGGAUUUCAUGCCUUCCUCAUGGUCGCAGCUUUCUUGAUCGUUUUCCCUGGAGGGCUCUUGUUGUUGCGCGUCUUCGAGAAGGUGUGGAUGCACUGGGGUGUUCAGUCACUCGCUUUGCUCAUGACAAUCCUUGGUGCGGGUGUGGGAAUUGCCCUUAGCAAAAGGGACAGCAUUUCGCCAAAUCUCACAGCACCCCAUCAAAUCAUCGGCUUUGUCGUCGUUGGUUUCGCUAUCAUCACCUGGAUUGUCGGCUUCACUGGACAUCGGAUCUACAAGAAAACGCAGCGACCGGCCAAGAUCAUGAAGGGACAUCGAGUCCUUGGCCCUCUCACCAUGGGAUUGGGUUUGCUCAACUGCAUUUCUGGUUUCCGUUUCGCUGGCAACAACCGUGCCACGAUCAUUUUUGUCGUCGCCAUGGUCUUGAUGCUCAUCUUCGUUGGCACUGUCCUGUUCUUCAGACGUCGACAGCAAGCACGAAAAGCGCCCCUGAACACACCGGCGGCGGCUAACUUCCGGGAGGGUCAAGCCGAAGCACCUUCGUACACCGGUGAAGCGCCACUACCUUUGUACGGCCAAGGCGGCAUUCCUCUCCAAAGCUAUGUCAAUAACCAAGCACCCCCGGUGUAUCGCUGA